AUGGGAUUUGGUGAUCUAUUGAAAAUGAAAAUGACUGAAGUGCCAGGGGCAUUAAGCCGUUAUGUUGUAGAUAAAUUUGAUCCGACAAAAAUGAAAAUUGUUCUUCGAGAGGGGGUUGAGAUUGAUGUGACAAGAGAAUCUGUGAAUCAAAUGCUAGGAUUUCCUUUGGGAAAAAAACAGUUUUCAAAACUUCCAUUUCGAAAAGAAAAUGAUAAAUGUUAUGAUGAAUGGACUGAACAAUUUGAAAACAAAAAAAUGAUCAGAUUGCAUGAGAUUAAAAUGAAUAUUGUCACCUCGGACAACGCGGAUAUGAACUUCCAGAUGAACUUUAUUGGUUUGUUGAUCAACUCUCUUAUAGAAUCAAGCUCAUGCGGAAAAGCAAACACAUAUCCCUUAAACUACAUCAUGAAGAAUACAAACAUAAGCAACAUUGACUGGUGCUCCUACUUGCUUAAUUGUUUGGUUAAAACAAAACGAUCUUUUGAUUCAUCUAAUCCAACAAGCUAUUUUGUUGGACCAUCUGCCUUUUUAGUGUUGCUUUAUGUAGAUAGAGUCCAUUGCAGUGUAGUUAUUGCUAAAAGAAAACGACCAGUUAUCUAUCACUGGACAUCAGAAAAAAUGAAGCUUAGAGAAAUUUAUGAAAAAGAAAUAGUCAAGCAAUUUGGUACAGGAGAUUUAAAUGAAGAUUUUGUUGAAGAAGAUAUUAACCAGGAGGACUAUGAACAAAUGAUUUUGAUGAAGAUUAGGAAAAUCAAUUUGUUGAUUGAAAAUGGAAUCAAUAACUUCCCAACAAGUGUAAGAUUGAAUCAUUUGAAAAGUAUGCUCAAUGAAUUUUUUAAUGAUGAAGAUCAAAUUGCUCAAGAAGACAACAUAAAUAAUGAUGAUGAUGAUGAACAUGAUGAACAUGAUGAAGAUGAUGGUGAUGAUGAAGAUAAUGACAAUGUUAAAGAUUGA